AUGACUCAACCUUUUGAGAAAACUAUUAAACAGUUAAAGACAUUGAUUGAAUAUAGAAAGACUCAUCUUGCACCUGUUGAUACAAUGGGUUGCGAUAUAACAGCAGAAAAAAUAAAUCCUAAAGAUCAUAGAUUUCAAAUUUUGAUCUCUCUAAUGCUAAGUUCCCAAACAAAAGAUCAAAUGACUCACGCUGCAGCUUUGAAGCUUCAAAAAAUAGAAGGUGGUUUCAAUGCACCAAAUUUAAUGAAAGCAGACAGAGAAACCAUCCUUUCAUGCAUAUCAUGUGUAGGAUUUGCUAAUAGGAAAACAGAUUAUAUUAGAGAGGCAGCAAAAAGAUGCCAUGAAAAAUAUGAUGAUGACGUUCCUAAGACACUCAAAGAAUUCACGGAGUUUAAAGGCGUAGGAAUUAAAAUGGGAACAUUAGCUAUGGCGCGAUGCUGGAACGAACAAAUCGGCAUUGGUGUAGAUGUUCAUGUUCAUAGAAUUUCAAACCUUCUUGGAUGGGUUAAAACAAAUCAUCCAGAUGAAACUGAAACAGCACUUCAGAAAGUGCUGCCAAAAGACAUUUGGCCUGAAGUUAACCAUUGUUUAGUUGGUUUUGGCCAAACUGUAUGUGGAUCCAAGAAGAGGAAAUGUGAAGAAUGCCCUAUAUCAAGUACAUGCCGUUAUUAUCUCGGUGAAGAUACGCAAAGUGAAGAAGAAACAGAAGAAGAGAAAUAA